AUGGCAGACUCACCAGACGACGACAAACUGCAAUACGUUAAGCAAGACUACUUUCAGCAAGUUCCCAGAAGAUGGUCCAGUGCUCAUGGUCAUGACGACAAAUCCACUGGUGAAGAUAGUGGCAAUCUGUUCAUGAGUGAGCCGUCAACGAGCGAAGCAGAUUCUUCGGAGCAGCAUGGUGGUGUUCUGUCACCUUUCGCGAGCAUUAGCAGCGGUGAUCCAGAUUGCCUUCCCCCUGCACCCUUACCACCUGCUAGGUUAUUGGAUGCAGCCCCUCAUUCUCCAGGAGGAAACACUAGUUUAAGUUCGUGGGAGAGUCGGCAUCUGGGUGAUAGACAAGUUCAUAUCGAUUUUGAUCCUCGGCGGAAGGGAGAGACAGAUCCAAGCUCAAAACAUCAAUCUACUGACAAUGGGAACCAUAAUAGAUCAGAUUCAGUUCCACCUGCUUCAAGCGAUCAACAACGACAAGAAGCUGCGGGUCCAAGCAAGCAACAGCGGUCAAAUGGAGCUGGAAGAAUCUCCAAUGGAGUGUCUGGUACUCGUGGAAUGGAUCAAUCAUGGAAUACGCAGCCACAGCCACAGCCACAGCACCUAAAUACAUUGGGUGGCAACACUGCCAUUCAGGAAAACAAUUUAGAGGUUGUGUCCAUGCUCUCCGUUCCAAUACUAUCUUCAAAUUCGCAGCAAGCAAACUUUGCAGAUACUUCGGUGAAUAUGGUUUUAUCAGCAUCUGAAGGCGAGAGUUUUGAAGGGAAUGCGAUACUUAACAAUUUGGACGAUUCUUCGGAAUGGUUCUUUGGAGACGAAACCACAAGCCCUAUCCUUCCAAGUCCAAUGACAGCACUGCAAACAAAACCGAAAGGAGAUCGACAUCGUAGAACGAGGAGUGGAAAACAAGGAAGUGGAAGUCAUCGCCGGCAGAGGAGCGGCGACACUGCUGCCGUCGCUCUUUCUACAGGUAGUACCGAGUGGAAGGGUAUGGAGCAGGACAACAUUCCUCUACCAUCUGAGCUGGUGAGCUACAAUGAAUUCAUGGAUAAUGAAGACAGUUUUGAAACAGGAGGCGACAAUGGGCAGAAGAACGUUCGGAGUGUCCCUCCUUUGGAUAAUUUUUCAGAUGCUGUGAAGAAUUCUGAAGUGCGAUCAGAUUUGACUGGAGAAGCCAAUCAGUUCUCAAGGUUUUCGGUCGGGCAAACGGAACAAGAAGAGAGCAGACGACAGUCUCGGCGUUUUCGGAGAGACUCAAGGGGACGAAAGAGAUACAGCGCACAUGAAUAUGACGACUCGUCAAAUACUUCUAUGUCUCCGCAGCAGUUUCGAGACCGUGCAUUCAUCGAUGAAAUGCAAGAUCGAGCUGCCAGUAUCUCAAACUUCUAUACUCAGCCGGAAGCAGGUGUCAACAAACGAUUCACCACACAUGACACCCCAAGCACAGCCUCAAAUGUUUCAGGAUACUACCCUGGGUCAGAACGAAACGACAAUCGCAGGCACUCUCAUUCGUUCAGUCGAGAGUUUUACGAUCAAGGAUUCCGUUUUGGUCGUGGGGAAAGUCCAGCCAGUCCAGCUUUUCCACCUUGGUGGAAUAGUCCAACCCCGAUCAUAGAUAGCCGGAACAGUUUUCAGAGUGUACGGAAUCAUAGUCCCCGCUCUGAUCCGCAUUCGGCUUCUGGGACUGCAGUAUUUGGUCCCCCUGAUUGCAGUGGUGAUACUCCCCUUUCGUUGCAUCGAAAGUCUCUUGAUUCCCAGUGGGAUGCUGUAGUGAAAAAUGAUUCGGAAUCUGAAACCUCUGCCUCUGUCACUGCCAGGCUACGAGCAGUACGUUUUGAAAGUCCCAUGUUACAACCUGGGUUGUCACCGUUUGCAAAAAAUGUUGAAACGAAGAAAGCUGAAAGAGCUGACAGACGGAGUUUCCUACCACAGAUCAGUGCUGCUUCGAGCGAAAAGAGUCAUCCCACCUUUGUUUGUCCCAGUUGCAAAACGCGUCAAAGGGAAUUCUUUACUGUUUCCAGCGCUCCAAGACAGUUUGAAAGCCCGUCUGGGUAUAUUGCGUUGUAUUUUGCAAUUUAUGUUGUUGCUGCGUUGUAUAUUUUUGGUCUACAAGAAGGAUGGGGAAGACUGGAUUGCUUCUAUUUUGCAGUGAUCACCCUUACAACUGCUGGCUUGGGAGAUUUUGUUCCAACAACUGACAGUGCCAAAGUAAUGUGCUCAAUUUUCAUUUAUUUUGGAGUCGCUUGCAUCGGUUUGUUGUUAGGAUCUUACAUUGCUGGGAUGCUCGACGAAAGUUCCAGUCGAUUGGCUAGGGCAAAUCGGAUUAAAGCUUGUCCGAAUUGUACCAGAAUUCAGAAUAUCAAAGAUGCAGCUCAACAUCGAGCAAAAGAAUUUCGGAAAAAUGUUCAUGCAUUGCAGCGUGAUAAUUUGCCCCAAGCACGAGACUUUCAGUCGGAACGUCCUUUAAUAGAACCGAGCACGAAAAAGGCGAAGCAUCGGCAUCAGAACUUCAGAAGGGGAAGCCAUACAGGUCCAGUGGCACGACCUUCAAUUUUUGAAACGACUCAGCCUCACACAAGCGAACGUUAUAGGAGAUCUCCAAAGAGUGAUAGCGACGAAAACAGAUCUCCAACAAAUUGGGAUUCCGUCAAGAAUUCUCCGCUCCAGCCAGAUCCAUCAGCGAAAGAGACAGUAUUGGACGGCAACAAAGUAGUGGCUAGAUCUCCCGGAACGAGAGCUAUUCUUGGCCGGCAGAGCCACACAAGACACUCAUCCAUCGACAUUGGAAGCGGCAAACUUCAAUUUUCUCUGCGUGAAACCCCAGUGCCUCCAAGAAGGUACAGUGCCACCACUCAUGGCAUCGGAGAUAAACGAAUGCCGUCACCCCCAGUUCACACAUCAUGGGGUGCAGAGGCAUUCAACAAUUACGCAUCGGACGGUGACUUUUCGGAUUCUGAAGAAUCGAGCGCGUCGGAAGAAAGCAAUGAUAUUGCCCUUGAAGGCAAGUAUAGCAGUGUCAAGAAUGCGAAAUAUGUGUUCCUCACACUGCGGGAGGCCCUGAUUAACUCGAUGGUAAUUAUUGCAUUCGGCUGUAUGGGAUUCUACUUCAUUGAAGGCUUCUCUUUUGUUGACAGUUGGUACUUUACAACUGUACUACUCACUACAGUCGGUUACGGUGACAUCGUUCCGCACACAAAGGGUGGCAAACUUUUUGCGACGGUAUACAUUCUUGUUGCCGGUACUAUUCUCUUGAAUAAUAUGUCAAUGAUCAGUAUGAUUCCUUUGGAGUUACGACGUCGGCGAACAGAGAUGGCUGUCCUAAAUCAGUUUGGGGACUCUUUGGAUGAUGCCGCUUUGCGCGAAUUGGCGACUGGGCCUCUAAUCAAGCGUCUUAAGCUGGCAACCAGUCACCGUGCAGGUCUUGAUGAGUGCACUCGGGAGAUGUUUUGCUUGGCGAUGUUGGUUCGGCUUGGGAAAGUGGCUGAAGAAGAUAUAAAGCAUACGUUUGCUGCAUUUCGCAAGCUUGAUCUUCAUAAUGAUGGUGUGCUGAACAGCAAGUCCAUCAUUGCCGGUAUGGUUCAAAAACGCAAAACCUUGUCCACCUCGUAUUUGAACCUGUCAGCUUUAGCCGCACAAGAGGAUGAUUCAAAAAAUUUAGAUGUCAACACGAGGACUCCUCAGCCAGUUGCUUCCCAUAUGCUGAAUUCCACUUGGAUGAAUAAUUGGGGUCCCUCCUUUACUGCUCGACCUGGCCGUUAUUCAACAUCGGACAAGGCAAACGGAACAACAAAUGAAUUCUCCUCUUUGAUUUCUGGAAAGCAAACAUACGGAAGUCACAAUCCGCUGUCGCCAACUGCAGAGACACGCCAAUACUCGUGCUAG